AAGCCUGGGCCUGGCUGUAGAGGGCCCCUCCAAGGCCAAGAGGUCCUUCAUGGACAACAAGGAUGGCAGCUGCUCAGUCGAGUACAUCCCCUAUGAGCCUGGCACCUACAGCCUCAACGUCACCUAUGGUGGACAUCAAGUACCAGGUGAGGAGGUGGCAGCCAGCGCAGGGCUGGAACUAUCUGCUUGUCCCCACCCUGUCUCAUAUAGUCACCAUCCCUUUGACCCACCCCUCAGGCAGUCCUUUCAUGGUCCCUGUGCAUGAUGUGACAGAGGCAUCCAAGGUCAAGUGCUCUGGACCUGGCCUGAGUCCUGGCAUGGUUCGUGCCAACCUUCCUCAGUCCUUCCAGGUGGACACAAGCAAGGCUGAUGUGGCCCCACUGCAGGUCAAAGUGCAAGGGCCCAAAGGGCCACGCCUGGUGGAGCCAGUGGAUGUGGUGGACAAUGCUCAUGGCACCCAGACUGUCAAUUACUUGCCCAGCCGAGAAGGGCCCUACAGCAUCUCAGUACUGUAUGGAGAUGAAGAGGUACCCCAGAGCCCCUUCAAGGUCAAGGUGCUGCCUAGUCAUGAUGGCAGCAAGGUGAAGGCCAGUGGCCCUGGGCUCAACACUACUGGCAUGCCCACCAGCCUGCCCGUGGAGUUCACCAUCGAUGCAAAAGAUGCCGGGGAGGGCCUGCUGGCUGUCCAGAUCACGGUGAGCUCCAGGCACAGGCAGGAGAGGCAAGGGGUCUGGGCCUGGGUGGCUGGAGUGUGGGCUGCCGGUGGUGCAGGCUGGUGUCUGGUCUCCCUGGGGCACUGCACCAAGGAAGGUAGGGAAGGACAGGGCCACAGCCUUUGGCUUCCUAAGGUUGUGACCAACUUAGGAUGGUGGUGAUAGGCCUGGGCUCCCCCAGACACGCACUUGCUUACUGUUGACUUUGAGCACAUUACCAAAGCCUUUUGUGCCUCAGUUUCCCUACCUGUAACAUUCUCAUGGGGCAGGGAGAAGCCUGAGAUCACCUGAGUGUGCUCCUCCUCGUGCUGGACAGGACCUGGGGCUAAGGAUGGGUGCCAGGCUCCCUGGCCGUGCCUGUUGUCAGUGGGGGGUGUUGGAUGUUUUAGUCUCCCUUGUGGACUCUGCCUGUAGGGAAAUAAAGGGCAACAGAGCCUAAAAAUAAACCCACACUUCUAUGGUCAACUGAUUUCUAACAAAGGUGGUAAGUUAAAUCAGUGGGAAAAAGCCUUUUAAACAAAUGGUGCUGGUACAACUCAAUAUUCAUAUAUUCCCUUCCCCACUACAAAAUAAACUUACAUCUUUACCUCACACUACACAUACCCAAAAAAAGCCUCAAAUUGCAUCACUGAUCAAAAUAUGAAAGCCGAAACUAUGAAAUUUCUAUAUUAAAGCAAAGAAGAAAAUCUUUGUGACUUUGGAAAUGAUUUCUUAAAUAUGACACCAAAAGUACAAUCCAUAAAAGGAAAAAAUAAAUAAAUAAAUGGUUCUUCAAAAAGUCACCAUUACAAAAAUGAAAAGAUAAACCACAGAAUAGGAGAAAAGAUCUACAAAUCAUUUACCUGAUAAACAACUUGUACACAAACUAUAUAACAAACUUACAAGUAUAAGAAGACAAACAAUACAAUUAAAAAAGAAAAUCUGAUCAAGAACAAACUCCCAUUCACAAUUGCCACAAAGAGAACAAAAUACCUAGGAAUACAACUAACAAAAGAUGUAAAGGACCUCUUCAAGGAGAACUACAAACCACUGCUCAAGGAAAUAAGAGAGAACACAAACAAAUGGAAAAACAUUCCAUGUUUAUGGUUAGGAAGACUCAAUAUCAUGAAAAUGGCCAUACUGCCCAAAGUAAUUUAUAGAUUCAAUGCUAUCUCCAUCAAGCUACCAAUGACCCUCUUCACAGACCUGGAAAAAACCACCUUAAACUUCAUAUGGAACCAAAAGAGAGCCCACAUAGCCAAGUCAAUUCUAAGCAAAAAGAACAAAGCUGGAGGCAUCAUGCUGCCUGCCUUCAAACUAUACUACAAGGCUACAGUAAUCAAAACAGCAUGGUACUGGUACCAAAACAGAGAUAUAGACCAAUGGAACAGAACAGAGGCCUCAGAGGCAAUGCCACACAUUUACAACCAUCUGAUCUUUGACAAACCUGACAAAAAGAAGCAAUGGGGAAAGGAUUCCCUGUUUAAUAAAUGGUGUUGGCAAAACUGGCUAGCCAUGUGCACAAAGCAGAAACUGGACCCCUUCGUGACACCUUACACUAAAAUUAACUCUAGAUGGAUUAAAGACUUAAACAUAAGACCUAACACUAUAAAAACUCUAUAAGAAAACCUAGGCAAAACUAUUCAGACAUAGGCGUAGGCAAGGACUUCAUGACUAAAACACAAGAAGCAUUGGCAACAAAAGCCAAAAUAGACAAAGGGGAUCUAAUUAAACUCCAAAGCUUCUGCACAGCAAAAGAAACAAUCAUUAGAGUGAACCAGCAACCAACAGAAUGGGAAAAAAUUUUUGCAAUCUACCCAUCUGACAAAGGACUUACAUCCAAAAUCUACAAAGAACUAAAACAGAUUAACAAGAAAAAAAGCAAACCCAUUCAAAAGUGGGCAAAGGAUAUGAACAGAUACUUUUCAAAAGAAGACAUAUAUGAGGCCAAAAAACAUAUGAAAAAAUGCUCAUCACUGGUCAUCAAGGAAAUGCAAAUCAAAACUAUGUUGAGAUACCAUCUCACGCCAGUUAGAAUGGCAAUCGUUAAAAAAAUCAGGAGACAACAGAUGCUGGAGAGGAUGUGGAGAAAUCGGAAGGCUUUUAUACUGUUGGUGGGAGUGUAAAUUAGUUCAACCAUUGUGGAAGACAAUGUGACAAUACCUCAAGGACCUAGAAAUAGAAAUUUCAUUUGACCCAGCAAUCCCAUUACUGGGUAUAUAUCCAAAGGAUUAUAAAUCAUUCUAUUAUGACAUAUGCAAACGUAUGUUCAUUGCAGCACUGUUUACAAUAGCAAAGACUUGGAACCAACCCAAAUGCCCAUCAAUGAUAGACUGGACAAGGAAAAUGUGGCACAUAUACCCCAUGGAAUACUAUGCAGCCAUAAAAAACAAUGAGUUCGUGUCCUUUGUAGGGACAUGGAUGAACCUGGAAACUAUCAUACUCAGCAAACUGAAACGAGAACAGAAAAUCAAACACCGCAUGUUCUCACUCAUAGGCGAGUGUUGAACAAUGAGAACAGAUGGACACAGGGAGAAGAGCAUCACACACUGAGGUCUGUAGGGGGCACUAGA